AUGUCCGGAGGUCCAGUUCCAGUAUGGAAGAAGUACACAACCAGACCACAAGGUAUCUGGGAGAAGAUUAGGCAAUUGCUCGUGCUUGUACCGAACAGAUCCUCAGGUAACCCAUUAGUCUCCUUAUUCCGUAAUGUUCCACCUGGAGAGCGUGUCCAACAAGCCAGGGAGUACAAAGACCCAGUCACUAUUCCUGCAGGUGACAUUAAGGGUAACCCAUAUUUCAAAAGAGACCACAGAAGACAAUACCCACAAGUGCAUUCAUUUAACCAGACUAAGGUCUCUGGUUUGCUCACAUUAGGUAACGCUCAGCAACCAAGGAUAUCUGUUGGUGAAAAGGGCCAAAAGGAAUUGGCUCCAUACAAGCAAGCUGGUGGUGUUGCUGAAGUUGAGGAAGUGAGCUUGGCUACUACAUUGAGUCAAAUCCCUGAGAGCGUGAUCAAAGGUGAGGUUUUGGGUAAGCAAGGUGAACCUAUUGUUGCACCAAGUUUGAACAAGUUCAAAUGGCAGAUCCUUCCUGAAAGUGUACACGGAAUGUAUACUGAGGAGUAUCCAUGUCGGAUUUUCACAGAUGUCAAGAGUGUGCGUGCCCACCCUAAACAACAAAGCUACUCUCCAAUUUAA